AUGGGAAAUUGUAUUUAUAAGAUAUAAAUUGACCAAUAAGGUAUGAUUUUACUAAACUUCAUAAAGCUUAGAGUCAUAAUUAAAUUGAUUAGAAUAUUGUUGAAUAGGCUAUCAAAGAUGAAGUCAUACAACCUCCACCUUUGAUCGAACCCAAAAAAAUUUAUACCUAAAAUUAUGAAAUUAUACAAGAGAGUUCUGAUAGUCAAACACCUAAUAUAUUUAGUUCUUAAACAUCAAAUCCAAAGAUAAAAUAUCAGUAGGAUUUAUAACUCUCUCCUGAUAUUUUGGUAAGAAAUUAAAAAGAAGGAGAAAUGUUUUUAGUUCAUUAUGAAAUCAUAAGAAAAUUAGGAUAAGGAGGAUUUGGUUCAGUUUAUUAGGUAAGACAUUUGAAAACCAAUUUAAUAAGAGCAGCAAAGGUAAUUUAGAAAUAAGCUAUUGAUGAUGAGUAAUUAUUAAUAUCUGAAAGUGAGAUUUUAAAGGAUUUAGAUCAUCCUAACAUAGUUAAGAUACUCGAAAUAUUUAGUGAUGUUUAAAAUAUUUAUAUUAUCACAGAAUGUUUAUGUGGAGGUGAAUUGAUUGAGAGAGUAAGAACAAUCACAAAUUAUAAUGAAGAAAUUGCAAAAUAAUAUAUGUAAUAAAUAUUAUCUGCUAUGGUUUAUUGUCAUAAUAGAAAAAUUGUGCAUAGAGAUUUGAAAGUAUAAAUUAAAUUAAUAUCAGCCUGAAAACAUUUUAUUUGAUGACAAUGAUAUUAAUUCUAAUUUAAAAAUAAUAGAUUUUGGUGCAAGUGAGAAAAUGAUAUCAAAAAAAUUAACAACUAAAAUUGGUACACCUUAUUUUCUAGCACCUGAAAUUUUAAGACCUAAUGGUUAUGAUGAAAAAGUAGAUGUUUGGUCUUGUGGAAUAAUACUCUAUAUAUUAUUAAUUGGAAAGGCACCAUUUAGAGGUAAAAAUUAAUUAGAAACCUUGUAAUUAGCAUAAAAAGCUAAUUUAAAUUUCAGUGGUAAUUUAUAUUAAUUAAUUAAAGGUAAACAUUGGAAUAAAAUAAGUCCAGAAGCAAUAGAUUUAAUUAAACUUAUGAUUUAAAAAGAUCCACAUAAAAGAAUUUCUAUGAAAGAUGCAUUGAAUCAUAUAUGGAUUUCAAAUUAAUCACCUAAAAGUAUUUAAUUUGAUCAAGAAUUCUUUAAAGAAAUUACUAAAUUUAAAGGAUAUAAUAAUUUAAGAGUAGCUAUUAAUUAAUUUGUUACUGUUUAAAUUUCUAAAAGAGAAGAAAAAUAAAAAUUCCUAUCAAUAUUUAAAUCUUUAGAUAAAAAUGGUGAUGGUUUAUUAAGUUAAGAGGAAAUCCUUUAAGGAAUGAUUAGUGUAAAAAUGGAUAAAAUUGAAUCAUAACUUAUGGUUAAAGAAAUUAUGGAUAAAAUUGAUACAAAUCAUUCUGGGAGAGUUGAUUUUACAGAAUUUCUCACUGCUUCUAUAAUAUAAGAACAAUAAUUCUUAAAAGAAAGUUUAAAGAAGGCCUUUCGUUUAUUUGAUCUUGAUGGUAAUGGAACUAUCUCAAGAAUUGAAAUUGAGGAAAUCUUUGGAGGUAUUCAAAUUGAUAAUUCUGCUUGGUAAGAUAUUUUGGCAUCAUGUGACAACAAUAAGGAUGGUCUAAUAGAAGAAGAAGAAUUUAUUGCACUUCUUGUAAAUUUAGAAUGA